GGCACAGCCCAGAGUCUGUGGGUAGGGGUGGGCAGCGCGCUGCCUCUUUAAGGCGACAUCACAAGGCCGCGGAAGGUGGGGCCGUCGUGGAACUCUGGUCUGGGCCGUUUCUGGGGCGUCCGUGGCUCUGGAUUUCCAUCUCCAUGGGGCCCGAGGCCCACACGUGAGCAGGAAGUCGUGGCCAUGGCUGAAGGAAACGAGCUGAUGAGCAGGCUCAUGAGCGAGAACGCAGACCUGAAGAAGCAGGUGCGGCUCCUCAAGGAGAACCAGAUGCUAAAGCGUCUGCUCAGUGAGAGCUGCCAGGAGAGCUGUGGCCGCGGCAGCCGGGACGUUCUCUUCCCCAAGGCACCUGCCUACCCCGAGGACUGCUCCCCCGGGACUGCAGUUCCAGAAAUUGGAAGGUUCACCAGCGUUCCCGAUGUGCCCUCCCAGCUGCAGACACCCUCCCUAGAGGAUCUGCUCUGCUCCCACGUCCCCCUCUCCAAUGAGGACGAUGCUUCCCCAGGCUGUGCGACCACCUCCCAGGUGCCCUUCAAGGCUUUCCUCAGCACCCCGGAGCUGCACACGCCUCGUAACACCGACAGGAAGCUCUGCCCACUCCUGAGCCCACUGCAGGACCCCCUGGUGGACAAGACCCUGCUGGAGUCCAGGGAGAUGGUGCGGCCCAAGAAGGUGUGCUUCUCGGAGAGCAGCCUGCCCUCAGGGGACAGGACCAGGAGGAGCUACUACCUUAAUGAGAUUCAGAGCUUCACCAGCGCCGAGAAGGACGGACGCAUCGUUGGGGAGAUUGCCUUCCAGCUAGACCGGCGCAUCCUGGCCUACGUCUUCCCCGGGGUGACGCGGCUGUACGGCUUUACUGUGUCCAAUAUCCCGGAGAAGAUCAAGCAGACGUCCAUCAAGUCCCUGGAUGGCUCUGUGGAUGAGAAGAAGAUGCGGGAGCUGACGCACCGCUACCUGACGCUGAUGGCUCGCCUGGAGAAGCUGGGCUACAACCGUGACGUGCACCCCGUGUUCAGCGAGUUCCUCAUCAACACCUAUGGCAUCCUGAAGCAGCGGCCCGACCUGCGCUCGAACCCGCUGCACAGCAGCCCGGCCGCCCUGCGCAAGCUGGUCAUCGACAUCGUGCCCCCCAAGUUCCUGGGCGACUCGCUGCUGCUGCUCAACUGCCUGUGCGAGCUCUCCAAGGAGGACAGCAAGCCACUCUUCGCCUGGUGAGCCCGCGCCCCAGCACCCGCCACGCCUUUCCUGCAAUAAACGUGUUUGUUCCAAACCCGGGGGCAGCCGUGCCUCCUGCGUGUCCCCUCCGGCCGGGGGAAGGGCCGCGUCCGCCAAGGGAGUGCCCAGGGCCACAGGCAGGAGCGCUGUGCCGGAGCAGGCGCCCUCACGGACCGGCCGGGCGCACCUGACGUCCACAGCCCUGCCAGCUGCCCACACCUGCGUGGCACUUGUCACACUUUAUUAAAUACAUCUGUUUACUUGUUUACCUUUACCUUUGGCUCUUUGAGGGUGUGGAGAGCGUCUUGGUCACCCCUGGGGACACAGGAAGUGCCCCUGGUAUUUGGAGAAUGAGCCUGGACACAGCCCUCAAGGGAAAGGGCUGAGGCUCAGGCAGGGCCCCAGCCCCCAACCAGGGACUGCAAGAACCUUCCCCUCGAAAAGGCCAGAGGGUCCUGUCACAAAAGCAGGGCCUGCAGCAAGGGUUCAGGGGCGGGCAGGAUGGCUGCAGAAUCUGCGGGGCCCUGUGCAACACGAAACCACCAGCUCCUAGUUCAAGUUUGGAAUUUCGAGAUGGCUAUCGCAGAGAGUGAACCCAGGAGUGAGUGGGUCAUGCAACUGUGUGGCUGGUCGCCCGUGAAGCUGGCCCAGGGCGGUCAGUUUAUCUGGGAGAUAGUUC